AGCUCAGCCCUGCUCUGUUGCCUGGUCUUCCUGGCUGGGGUGGCAGCCAGCCGAGAUGCGAGCACCCUGUCUGACAGCAGCUGUACCCAGUUCCCAACCAGCCUGCCCCACAUGCUGCGGGAGCUCCGAGCUGCCUUCAGCAGGGUGAAGACUUUCUUUCAAAUGAAGGACCAACUGGACAGCUUACUGUUGACCCAGUCUCUGCUGGAUGACUUUAAGGGUUACCUGGGUUGCCAAGCCUUGUCGGAAAUGAUCCAGUUUUACCUGGAAGAGGUGAUGCCACAGGCUGAGAACCACGGGCCUGACAUCAAGGAGCACGUGAACUCGCUGGGGGAGAAGCUGAAGACCCUCCGGCUGCGGCUGCGGCGCUGUCAUCGCUUUCUGCCCUGCGAAAACAAGAGCAAGGCGGUGGAGCAGGUGAAGAGAGCCUUCAGUAAGCUCCAAGACAGGGGUGUCUACAAAGCCAUGAGUGAGUUUGACAUCUUCAUCAACUACAUAGAAACCUACGUGACAACGAAGAUGCAAAAGUGA